AUGGCUGUCCUGCAGAAAUCUAUGAGCUUUUUCCUUCUCGGGACUCUGGCAGCCAGCUGCCUGCUUCUCAUUGUCCUGUGGGCCCAGGAGGCAGAUGCGCUGCCCAUCAACUCCCAAUGCAAGCUCGAAGUGUCCAACUUCCAGCAGCCGUACAUAGUCAACCGCACCUUUAUGCUGGCCAAGGAGGCCAGCCUUGCAGAUAACAACACAGACGUCCGGCUCAUCGGGGAGAAACUGUUCCGAGGAGUUGCUGCUAAGGACCAAUGCUACCUGAUGAAGCAGGUGCUCAACUUCACUCUUGAAGACGUUCUGCUCCCCCAGUCAGAUAGAUUCCAGCCCUACAUGCAGGAGGUGGUGUCCUUCCUGACCAAGCUUAGCAACCAGCUCAUCUCCUGUCACAUCAGUGGCGAUGACCAGCAUGUCCAGAGGAAUGUAAGGAGACUGAAGGAAACAGUGAAAAAGCUUGGAGAGAGCGGAGACAUCAAAGCGAUCGGGGAACUGGAUCUGCUGUUUAUGUCCCUGAGAAACGCUUGUGUCUGA